AUGUCCACUUCUCGACGUCUCACCCAGCGCCUUGUCUGUGUUGUUCAAGGAUGUAAUCAAACCUUCAGAACUCAAUACGGUCGUACGCAGCAUAUCAAUGCAAAGCAUACUGGCAUUGACAUGCAACCAUCUUCUUGCCGACCUGAGUUGGUAUCCUGCAAUAGCGAGAGAGAUGCAGAGCAAACAUCCAGCCCUUCGUUCAUGGAUAUUGAUGAUGAGCCUAGUCACGCCGGAGACAAUGAAGUACACGAUCCACCCACCCCACGUUCUACUAAGCAUUUUCAUCCGCAUUUAACCGGUCUACCAUGUGAUUCUCAAGGGAAUUUCUUGCCUACUGGCACACCACCAUCAUCGCCUGUCCAACCUGAGAAUGUUGCAGAGCCCUUUAUGGAUCCGCUUCAAUUUCGAAUCGCCGAUUUUCUGUUUCGAAAGGUAGAGAUGUCGCAGGGAAAUAUCAACGAGCUUAUGGAGCUCUGGACUCUUACGAUGCUCAAACAUGGCGACUUCGGACCCUUUGAGAACCACGAUGAGAUGUACAAGUUAAUCGAUGCUAUCCAGCAAGGUAAUGCACCUUGGAAGUGUUUCGUCACCCAGGUGGAUGCGAACCUUCCUCCCACUGCGCCAAGCUGGCAACGUGAUCAAUAUCAGAUUUGGUAUCGUGACCCCGACACGGUCAUCAGCAAUAUCCUAGCCAACCCCGAUUUCUCCAAUGAGUUCGACACUGCCCCAUAUGUUGAAGUCAGUUCAGAUGGGAAGCGGCGGUGGUGUGACUUUAUGUCUGGGAAUUUCACAUGGAGACAUGCAAGUCGAAUACACCAGGAGGAUCCAACCACGGCAGGAGCAAUGUAUGUCGGCAUCAUCUUGGGUAGUGAUAAAACAACGGUAUCUGUCGCUACGGGUAAUGUCGAGUAUUAUCCUUUGUAUAUUUCGAUUGGAAACAUCCACAAUUCUGCACGGCGCGGCCAUCGUAAUGCGGUAGUACCAAUUGGCUUCCUCGCUAUUCCCAAAUCGGAUCGCAAGUACGAUGAUGACCCCAUGUUUCGAACCUUCAAGAAGCAGCUCUACCAUCAAUCCGUUGCAGCGAUUUUGCAAUCUCUAAAGCCUGCUAUGAUGGAACCAGUCAUUCGACGUUGUCCUGAUGGGCAUUUUCGACGGGUGAUUUAUGAUCUGGCAUCCUUUAUUGCCGACUAUCCUGAACAAGUUCUCCUCUCGGGAAUUGUAUCUGGAUGGUGCGCAAAGUGCACGGCACUGUCAAGUGAUUUAGAUGGAGAAGGUGGGCGACGUACCCAAGAGCUUACUCAAUUGCUCUUGGAUGAGUUUUGUGAUGAGAGCGAUACGUUAUGGUAUACCUACGGCAUCGACAAAACUACAAAGCCGUUCACAUUCCAUUUUCCGCGUGCCGACAUUCAUGAGAUUUUGACUUCUGAUCUCUUACAUCAAGUGAUUAAAGGCUCUUUUAAAGACCACCUCGUGGAGUGGGUUGGGGAGUACCUUCUUCAGUCGGAGGGAAAAGACCGAGCACGGGAGAUCAUGGAUGACAUUGAUCGCCGUAUUGCUGCAACUCCGGCUUUUCCAGGCUUGCGACGUUUUCCUCAAGGCCGACGCUUUAAACAAUGGACCGGAGAUGAUUCUAAGGCUCUUAUGAAGGUCUAUCUUCCUGCUGUUGCCGACUAUCUCCCAGAGGAAAUGAUGCAAUGUUUGGCAUCGUUUCUUGACUUUUGCUAUCUCGUCCGUCGCACCGACUUCAACGAAGAUACCAUUCUUGAAGUCGAGUCUGCCGUGGCACGCUUCCAUUACUACAGACAAGUUUUCAUUACCACUGGGGUCCGUGAUACCAUCUCUCUUCCUCGUCAGCAUUCCCUUGUCCAUUACCGGCAACACAUCAUUGAUUUUGGGGCUCCGAACGGUCUCUGUUCCUCAAUUACGGAGUCGUGCCAUAUCACAGCUGUUAAAAAGCCUUGGCGUCGAUCUAACCAUUAUAACGCCCUAAGCCAAAUGCUCUUAACAAACCAACGACUUGAUAAGCUUGCUGCACUGCGUUCUGAACUUGCGAACUACGGUCUUGUCACCCCAAAUCACCCUCCUCCACCGGAUCCUUUUGAUCUUGAGAGCGAAGAUGUUGGAGCUGUUGAUGAGCCGAUUCUUGCAGAAGUCAAACUCGCUGUCACUAAAGAACGUGCAUAUCCUCACCGUCUCGAGCGCUUGGCACAGCACAUCCACUGUCCAGAUCUUCCAGAGCUGGUUCGACGUUUUCUAUAUGAUCAUCUUCGUCAUGAGAACGACCCUCCCUCAGAAGAUAUCCACCUUGAUGACUGUCCCGAGAUCAUGUCCAACAUAUAUGUCUACCACUCCGCUGUGGCAUCCUUCUAUGCACCUAGUGACAUUUCCGGAGUCAGAGGUAUGCGCCGGGAACGUAUUCGGUCGACCCCAUCUUGGCAUAAACGUCCGCGCCGUGACUGUGCAUUUGUUGUCGAGGACGAGGAAAAGCCUGGCUUCUCUGGGAUGAGUGUUGUAAGAAUUUUACUUUUCUUCUCAUUUGUUCAUGAGGGGGUGAUCUAUCCAUGCGCACUGGUGCGGUGGUUCAAGAAGCACGGGCAACAUGCAGAUAAGAAGACAGGCCUCUGGAUUGUUAAACCUGAGGUAGCACAGGGUCGUCCGGUUAUAAGUGUUAUUCAUCUAGAUUCACUUUUUCGUGGCGCGCAUAUAAUUCCCGUGUAUGGAACACAUUCUGUACCCCAUAGGUUUGACUAUGCCUAUUCUUUGGACUGUUUCAAAGCUUUCUAUGUAAAUAAGUAUGCAGACCACCACACAAAUGAAAUUAUUUUCUCCUGA